GCAGGAUUUUGGGUGUCCAUUCGGCCAACUCAGAUCUAUUUUGCCUUCCACUUUCCUCUCUCUCAGAUCUAUCUACCCCCGUUUGCGUUGGUUCGACGGCCGCCAUGAAGAAGAUCGAGCUGAAGGUCGAGCUGAAAGAUGACAAGCAGAAGAGGAAGGCGAUCAAAGCAAUCUCCGUUCUCCAUGGUAUCGAUCAGAUUAGUGUGGACAUGAAGGAUGGGAAGAUGAUGGUCGUCGGAGUCGUCGACCCCGUCUGGCUCGUGGCCAAGCUGCGAAGGUUGUUUGCGAAAGCUCUGAUCGUCUCGGUCGGGCCCGCCAGGAACAUUUUCUCCGAGGAGGGCAUAAUUGGUCGUGGUGGGCAGGGAGUGGUCUGCAAGACGAUCGCGGUAAAGGUCGAGCUGAAGGACGAUAACCAGAAGAUGAAGGCGCUCAGAGCAAUCUCUGUUCUCCAUGGUAUCGAUCAGAUUUGUGUGGACAUGAAGGCCGGGAUGAUCACGGUCGUCGGCGUCCUUGAGGCCGUCGACGUCGUGGCCAAGCUGCGAACAUUGUUCGUGCACGUCCAGAUCAUCUCGGACGAGCCCACAAAGGAGGCGUACGAGUUUACAUUCGGGUUCUUGAACCGCAUCACAAACAAUUUCUCUCAGGAGCGCAUAAUUGGUCAUGGUGGGCACGGAGUAGUUUACAAGGGAGUACAUCACAAUGGUGAAUUCAUUGCUGUGAAGAAGCUUCAUCCCAUGCCAGGGCUUGACGACGAGGAAUUCAGAAACGAAUAUAAUAAUCUUAUGAGAUUCCGACAUCAAAAUACCAUACCGCUGGUUGGUUAUUGCCAUCAUACAGCACAGGUUCUUGUUGAGCACAAUGGAAAGCAUGUUUCUGCUCGAGUAGAAGAAAGAUAUUUAUGCUCUAAAUACUUGGAGGGAGGAAGCCUUGACAAGCAUAUUUCUAAUAAACCGUGUGCACUUGAUUGGUACACAUGUUACAAAAUAAUUAAGGGCAUCUGUAAUGGUUUACAUUACCUUCACAAGGGAUUCGAAGAGCCUAUUUGUCAUUUGGAAUUAAAACCUACAAAAAUUUUGCUGGAUAAGGACAUGAUGCCCAAAAUUGGAGGUUUUGGUUUCUCUAGACUCUUUGAUUCAAUAGAAACCUCCAACACAUCAGAAGUUAUGGGAACAAGUGUAUACAUGCCACCAGAAUACAUCAGGAAACGGCUAAUCACACCAAAGUUCAAUGUUUUCAGUCUGGGCGUCAUAAUCUUGCAAAUAAUGGCAGGAAAGGAGAGCUAUACCAAAUGUGCAGACAUUCCUCCCAAAGAAUUUACUGAGCGUGUACAUGGAUUCUGGGUAAAUGGGAUGCAGGGCACAAUAUCAAAGCAUAUUUCAAGUGAAGUUAAAACAUGCAUCGAAAUAGCUCUAAAGUGUGUGGAGUCCAAUCGAGUGAACAGGCCUACUAUAAAUGAGAUCAUACAAAAAAUGGAUAAGAUUGAUAUUGUUGAGUGCUCAUCUGUAGGUGAUCUAUAUAGGACAAGGGAGUUUGCAUUUGAGUUCUUAGAACAUAUUACAAAUGUUUUUUCUGAGCAGAACAUAGUUGGCCGUGGUGCAUCUGGAGUUAUUUACAAGGGAGUAUUGGACAAUGGAGAAGAGGUUGCUGUUAAGAAACUUCAUCAAACAUUGUCGAUUGAUGAUGACCUAUUUAAGAAAGAGGUUAAUAAUGUAAUGAGGGCCCAACAUGAAAAUAUUGUACGGUUAGUUGGCUACUGCCACCAUACAUCACCAAUAAUUGCUGAGUACGAAGGAAAACAUGUUUCUGCUAGUGUGGUAGAAAGAGUGAUUUGUUUCGAAUACAUGCAAAGAGGAAGCCUUGACGAUCAACUUUCAGGUGAAUCCUGCAAACUUGAUUGGGACAAAUGUUACAAAAUAAUAAAAGGAAUAUGUGAGGGUUUAAAUUACCUUCAUAAGGUUGUUCCUGCCAUUUACCAUCUGGACUUAAAACCCGGAAAUAUUUUGCUGGAUAAGGAUAUGGUGGCAAAAAUUGGUGAUUUUGGUUUGUCAAGACUCUUUGAUACAACUCAAACAUAUAUGACAACAUCCGGAGUUAUUAAAGGAACACGUGGAUACAUGCCACCAGAAUACAUCAAUGAACAUAAGAUCAGUCGGAAGUUUGAUGUAUUUAGUCUCGGGGUCAUAAUCAUAGAAAUGAUGGCAGGAAAGGAUGGCUACUUCAACUAUCCACACAUCCCUCGAAAAGAAUUUAUUGAGCAUGUAUGUAAAAAAUGGCAAGUGAGGCUGCAGGCAUCAAUGCGGUCCCACAUAUUUGAAGAAGUGAGGACAUGCAUUGAAAUAGCAUUAAAAUGUGUGGAGUAUGACCGAACUCGAAGGCCUACGGUGGCCCAGAUUCUGCAGGAAUUAAGUAACAUUGGGAUUGCUAAAAGUUCACCAGUAGGUCAGGUGCAGGCAACAAAGUCGCCCCAUGUAUCUGAAGAAGUGAGGACAUGCAUCGAAAUAGUGUUAAAAUGUGUGGAGGAUGACAGAACACGAAGGCAAAUUGUUAAUGAACUAAGUAAGAUUGGUAUUGGAAAAAGUUCACCCGUCAGCCAGCGGGCAAACAAGCUGACUGGAUUACACCCUGUAUGCAACGCCGUUGGGAGAAACGUGGAUAUCAUGACAUCGCCAAGCGCGCAGAAGCUGAAUGUGCGGAAGUGGAACCGAAAACUGAAGCUGAAGAAGAACAUAAAACUGAAGCUGAAGAGGAACAUGAACUGAAGAGGAAGGGCACUGCCGAAAUUGAAGCUGAACCCUGCAAAACAAGUUCAGAAGUGGUGACACCGCCGGAAGCAGGAGAACAAGAGGGCGGGUCCCGCGAGUCAGCCAGACUUCAUGCUCCCUUUAAGCAAUACGCUGGCAAUGACUGGGUCCGGUAUUAGACAGUGGUCCACAACUGUGUAAGUGUCAAGUGUGUGCAUGUUUGGUAUGUAAACUAUAUAUCGUUUCCCUCUUCUAUAGAGGCAUCCAGGUGGAUUAUUUGAAUCGAAGAACCCUGAGAAGGGCGAAACACCUAUCUUCCUCAUGUAAUUCUAGAUCAGUGAGUGAGUAAAGCUAGUAGUGCUAAGUA